UCCUAGAAGAAGAAUUAGGACCAUUUUUCUAUAGAAAAAAGAGAAGAAAUCAAAACUGUCGAAGAUGCCACCACUUCCUUCAACAAGGCUCUCUUUCCCUCUCAACUCUCCGCUCUUCUACAUUCUUCCAUCCACCUCUCUCUUCCCAAACCUCAUCAUCACCACCACCACCAACAAGAACAAAAUUUUAAUCCCCACCAUGUCCUUCUCCUCUUCUGCAUCAUCCCCUUCACCUUCUUCAAUUUCCAACCCUAAAGAGCCAGAACACCCACGAGACCCAGAAGACCAGGAGCUCCUUUUGCAGCAGGUCCUCAAGUACCACAACCAGACCAAGCAUCAUUUCACCAAAUACGCCAGAGGCCCUCAUGGCCUCGACUGGGCCAACCAGCCCAACCCAUUCCGCAGGUACGUCUCUGCUCGUCUCUUAUCUCUCCUGCACUUCCCUACAGAGAAUCAAAACCCAAACUCUUCUUCCACUCAAGACCCUCUGUAUUCUUCUCUGUUCCUGAAUCUCCCUCCUCCAAAACCCAUAUCCAAAUCCACCAUUUCUCAGUUUUUCUACGAUUCUUUAGCUCUCUCAGCUUGGAAAACUACUGGGUUUUCAACCUGGUCGCUUAGAGUCAAUCCCAGCAGUGGUAAUUUACACCCUACUGAGGCCUAUAUCAUUUCACCCCCAAUAGAAUCGUUGUCUGAUUCGAGUUUCGUAGCGCAUUACGCUCCAAAAGAGCAUGCUUUGGAGCUUAGAGCUGAAAUCCCAUCUUGGGUUUUCACCAAUUUCUUACCCAAGGACUCGUUUCUCAUUGGGUUGUCAUCGAUUUUUUGGCGUGAGGCCUGGAAAUAUGGAGAGCGCGCAUUUCGGUAUUGCAAUCACGAUGUGGGUCACGCUAUUGCUGCGGUUUCCAUGGCCGCAGCAGGGCUUGGUUGGGAUGUGAAGCUUCUUGAUGGAUUGGGUUAUGAGGAUUUGGAGAAGCUAAUGGGGCUUGAAGUGUUCCCAAAAUUUCAAAUUCCCUCUCGACCUGUUAAAGGGCGGUUUCCCGAGAUGGAAUUUGAGCAUCCGGAUUGUAUUCUUGUGGUUUUUCCUAAUGGGGCUGGUGAAUUUGAUGUGAACUAUAAGCAAUUGAGUUUGGCAAUAUCUGAGUUUUCCAAAUUGGAGUGGAAGGGAAAGCCAAAUUUGCUUAGUAAAGAGCACAUUUGUUGGGAUAUAAUAUAUAGAACAGCAGAGGCUGUUAAAAAAGAGAUAAUUUUAGGUAAUACGUUUUUGGUUGAUCCAUUUCAGAGUAGUGGGAUUUGUAGUGAAGGUUCAUAUAAGGGUUUUACAGCUAGGGAAGUUGUUAGGAAGCGUAGGAGUGCAGUUGAUAUGGAUGGAGUUACUGCAAUGGAUAGGAACACAUUUUAUCAGAUUCUUUUGCAUUGUCUUCCUUCGGGUUCUCGAAAUGGAGGGAAGCAGAAGAAGCCGUUGGCAUUGCCAUUUCGGGGUCUUCCAUGGGAUGCUGAGGUCCAUGCUGCUUUAUUUGUUCAUAGGGUGGAAGGGUUGCCACAAGGUUUAUAUUUCUUGGUUAGGAAUGAAGACCAUUUGGAUAAGCUCAAGAAAUCCAUGAGGUCAGGCUUUAAGUGGGUGAAGCCAGAGGGUUGCCCAGAAAAUCUUCCUCUGUAUGAACUUGAUAGAACUGACUGUCGUACUCUUGCUGAAAGGCUCUCGUGCCAUCAG